AUGCCUCCCAAAGACAAGUAUUCCGACCCCAAGCUCCGCGACCAAGUCAAGGAGGAAAUCCACAACAGCGACAAGGGCGGCGCGCCAGGACAAUGGUCUGCUCGAAAGGUAUGCAUGUCCCUCCCCAUCAUCCGUCCCAAUGUCCCUUUCCCCGCUAACAAAAUCCCUCCUCUUCAACGACAAAGGCCCAGAUGAUGGCCGCAGAGUACAAGAAACGCGGCGGAGGCUACAACACCGACGAAUCGCAAAAGGACUCCAGCCAGAAGAACCUGGACAACUGGACCAAAGAGGAAUGGCAGACCAAGGAAGGCUCGGGACAUGCGAAGGAGGCAGAUGGGACGGAGAAGAGGUAUUUGCCCAAGAAGGCUUGGGAGAAGAUGAGUGAGGAGGAAAAGGAAGAGACGGAGCGGAAGAAGGAAAAGGGGAGUAAGCAGGGGAAGCAAUAUGUUGCCAAUACCGAGAGUGCGAAAGAAAGUAGGAAGGAGGCUAGUGAGGAGCAUGGAGACGAGGAGGAGGAGGAGGAGAAGGAGGAGAAGGAAGAGCGCGGCGAGGAUGAUGACGAUGAUGAUGCUGCUGCUGAUGAGGGCUCGGAGGAAGAAGCUUAUGUCGAUGAUGAAGAGGCCGAAGAUGAUCAGAAUGGGGAAGAAGAAGAUGAAGACGAAGAAACAAACGACGACGACGAUGAUACCGUCGACGAACAAAACGCCUCCAAACCCGGCCAAAAACGCAAACCUACCCAGGAAUCGAACGGCACCUCGUCCAACAAGAAACAAAAAUCCAACUCCGGCAAAAGUACCAUCGGUUCCAAGCACAUGGAUGCCGAAGAACCUGCUCCCCGCGGCUCCAAAGAUCGUCUCCCCAAGAAAGGUCAGGAAGUUGCCUGGAAGGCUAUGCCAGGCUACGUCGACGGCAAAGUCGAAGAGAUAUUGACCAAGGAUAAGAAUGUAGAUGGGAAAUCGGUCAAGGCUUCAAAGGAUGAUCCGAAGAUUGUUCUGACUUCGAAUAAGAGUGGGAAGAUUUGUGUGCAUAAGCCGGAUGCUUGCUUUUAUGAGUAG